GGCGGAGAGAGAGAGCGAGCGAGGAGUUGCGGCGGGAGAGAGAGAAAUCGGCUGUUGGGAGGAGCCGAGGGGCCAACGACGUUUGUCGAGGGCACGAACAUGGCUUUGAAGAUCCAGAGAUCAAAUCCCUCCGGGAGAAAUCAUCCAAUACCCAACCAUUUACUUAUUUUCACACUGGUCAUGGUUUCCUUGCAUUCACUGACAUCAGCGAUUCCGUCUUCUUCUUCGUCUUCCACCAUGCACAACAAUAAUUGGGCCGUUUUGGUCUGCACCUCUCGAUUCUGGUUUAAUUACCGACAUAUGGCCAAUACUCUAUCUUUAUACAGGACAGUAAAGAGACUUGGAAUACCUGAUGAACGAAUAAUUCUCAUGCUGGCAGAUGACAUGGCUUGCAAUUCUAGGAACACUUACCCUGCCCAGGUUUUUAACAAUGAGAACCAUCAGAUAAACUUGUAUGGUGAUAAUGUGGAGGUUGACUAUCGAGGUUAUGAAGUGACGGUUGAAAACUUUUUGCGAGUAUUAACCGGGCGGCAUGAGAGUGCUGUUCCAAGAUCUAAACGCCUUUUAAGUGAUGAAGGAAGCCACAUACUUUUAUACAUGACAGGUCAUGGUGGAGAUGAAUUUUUAAAAUUCCAAGAUUCAGAAGAACUUCAGAGUCACGAUUUAGCUGAUGCAGUCAAGCAGAUGAAAGAGAAACACAGGUUCAAGGAAUUGCUCAUAAUGGUCGACACAUGCCAAGCAGCAACUCUUUUCUCUCAGCUUCAUUCAUCGGGUGUUUUGGCCAUAGGGAGCAGUAAGAAAGGAGAAAACUCUUAUUCCCAUCAUCUUGAUUCUGAUAUUGGUGUCUCCGUGGUGGAUAGAUUUACUUUCUACACCCUUGCUUUCUUUGAGAAACUCAACAUGUAUAGCAACGCCUCGUUGGGCAGUCUUUUCGACUCAUAUAAUCCAAACUUGUUGAUGUCAACCGCAUUUUAUCGGAUGGAUCUCUAUCAACGACCACUAAAUGAGGUACCAGUUACUAAUUUUUUCGGAUCAGUCAUGAAAACAAUUCACACAGACUCUCCAUACAGAGCAGUCUCUUCCCAACCCAAAGUCCAGAAGAAGUCCAUAGCUCUGGAGGAGAAUAGCUUUGACAUAACACAUAGUGGAAAUAUAAAGGAGAAACGGUGCAGUUUCCAUCUCUGGAUGGGCUUUCUGCAUAAGAAGCUGGUGGAGAAUGAUGAUUCAGAUAUAACAGCAGUGUAUGGUUUUGGUUCCAUGAUUCUAUUGCUCAUUCUCUCCAUAUGGCUAUCCAAAUGAGAAAAUUGAGUAAAAUUUGCGCCUUUUGUUGAUACCACUAACUCUAGAAGCACAACUAAUCCAUCUUCAGUUUUGAAUUUCCCCCAAAUACAUCAUACAUUUACAUAUCUAACACCUGCACUUCAAUUUUUACAUAUAUGACACCUUACUUUUUCACUUUUUGUUGUGUUA